AUGAACGAAAAUUUAUUCGCCUCUUUCACUACCCCCUCAAUAAUAGGUCUUCCAAUCGCAGUACUUAUUGUCAUAUUCCCAUCUAUUCUAUUCCCCUCACCUGGCCGCCUAAUUAACAACCGCCUAAUCUCCAUUCAACAAUGACUCAUUCAAUUAGUAUCCAAACAAAUAUUAUCAAUCCACAACCAAAAAGGACGAACUUGAGCUCUUAUGUUAGUAUCAUUAAUCCUAUUUAUUGCCUCGACCAAUCUACUCGGACUGUUACCCCACUCAUUCACCCCUACAACUCAACUGUCCAUGAAUCUAGGAAUAGCUAUCCCCCUGUGAGCAGGAGCAGUAAUUACUGGUUUUCGCUAUAAAACUAAAGCAUCCCUGGCACACUUCCUACCCCAAGGCACACCUAUCCCCCUGAUCCCAAUACUAGUCAUUAUUGAGACUAUUAGUCUAUUCAUUCAACCCAUGGCCCUAGCCGUUCGGUUAACAGCCAAUAUUACCGCAGGACACCUUCUAAUUCACCUAAUCGGAGGCGCCACUCUAGCCCUAAUCGACAUCAGCACUACCACGGCCUUUAUUACUUUUAUUAUCCUAAUUCUACUCACUAUUCUCGAAUUCGCCGUUGCCCUUAUCCAAGCCUACGUCUUUACUCUACUAGUAAGUCUGUACUUACAUGACAACACCUAA